AUGUUUUGUUUCAAAUUUAUUAUCUGUGCGGUAUGGUUGGCCAAUUUAGAACCAAAUGGUUGUUAUGGUUAUGUAUCAAAAACACGUGUAUCAGCCGUUGAAGUUUGGCGUAAUGAUAGCAAUGAUGGUGAGGUGCAGGUAGCGCAUGGGGUCAAUAGUUGGCCAGCUUUGUUGGAGCAACUUAAUGGACCAAUUUUGGAACGAAGUACGAUGAUUGAAGGUGAUGUAUUCCUCUAUCAACAACGAAAGCAUCGUAAUCGAGCGAUACCGUUAAUGAGCACACCGUUGAAAAUUGCCGAUCGUAUCACAUUUAAAGAAUGGCUUCGAGAAGUUGCAAAAUUACGAAAAGUAAUUAAAAUUAAUGUUCGAUCAACAGCAGCAGUUCGUCCGGUAUUACAGUACUUAUUUGCCGCAAGCGAUGAAAUUUCUUCACCCAUUGUAUUACAUGCGAAUGUCUUUCGAUCACCCAGAAGUAAAGAAAUACCGGUAGAUGCAAUCGAAUUUAUUGAUAGUGCUAAAGAAUACUUUCCGGAUGCAACUCUUUCAAUUGGCUGGACAAAAAAUAAUUUAUCGGAACUGACAAUCCCACAAAUGAACAUUGGUUGGCGCGAACUGUUUCAUGUAUUAGCACUUGUAAAAGAAAUCGACCAACCGCUUGUGCUAACAAUUCGACUUAGUACGGCUGCUUAUUCAAUUAAACAGGUUGAAUUUAUUUUGGGCAUACGACCCACAAUUUCUGCAUUAAUUUGGAGUGAUGAAAUGGACUCGAUAAAAGAUUGGUACGAAAUAAUUAACCUCCGAUCUGGCGUGUACUCCAAACGUUUAGUAUUCGAUUUACAUGCUAAACAUCGAAACAUCUUGAAAAUGCUUCCAUAUUCUAUCGUUAUGAGUGAAUCGGAAUUUAAUCGAAGCCAUUGGAAUUUGAUAGAAUUUCCGUCUGUUUUUGCUCAGUCAUCUGGAGCGAUAGUAAGCGAUGAGGGUGUUGCAUUUCUCGGUUGGCCAACGGCAUUUCUGAUCUCACUAAUGCAACCGUUAGUAUUUCCUGAUAUUCAACGGAUAACUGCUAAGUUAAUAUUUGUAAAAAAGAAACAAAAUAUUAAUGAUGAUUGGCUGAAGCAUAGCGGUUUCGUGAUAUAUCUAUUGGAGAAGGUGCUCGAUCUUCAAUCACCUGAGAUUACUACUGGUAUAAAGAUAUUUAUUGGUUAUAAUGGUCGUUUGUCCAUUGAAAAUCGAGGAAAGCAACAUAAUUACUACAAUAUGAAAGCAGCGGGACAGGCGCGCCAUGAUCAAAACUGCUAUGAUGUCGAACUUAUUGACAGAGGUUGGCAAGUAGAGCUUACUGUUGGAGGAAAUAAUUGUCAGGAUGGAAUGUUGAAAAAUCCAACAAAAAUUACUUUAGAAAUAUCAUUAACAAAAACACGGCAAUUACGUAACGUGAUUGUUUCGAAAACAGGUGAUGGAAAUUUAGAUUUGAUUGUACGUGAUCUAAAACAUUCCUCUUCAAAUCGACCUCAACUUUAUUUGUACUGCUUAUUUGCUAUGUUCAGUAUUGCUAGGACUUUCACAUAA